CACGCUCUCAAUGUCCGUGCCAGACGCGGCCCUCGACAUGUUCGCCCCGCCCGUCAACCGCGCCAUGAAGGUGCUGGACCGCGGCUUCUUCCAGAAAACCAUCCCCACCUCCGCCGCCCGCAUCUUCAACCCCAAGGACAUUUCGCGAUGCCGCAAGGAGCUCACCGCCAGCAGGGACACGCUCCCCAACAAUCGCGUCGACCCGGUGCGCCCCGACCCGGACGCUCAAAGAGCGCAGACGGGCGUCAAGUGUCUGCUGCUGCGCCCUGAAGUCGUCCAUUCCGAUCCGGCUACAUGGUCGCCUAAGCUGCGCGACCUCGAGCAAGACGGCACCCUGGGCGUCAUCCCCUACCAGCUGCACCUCGACUACGACUACUUCACCUACUCGGAGAUCACGAGCGCCACCAUUCCCCCGCCAGAGUCCAAGCACGACGACGAGAUACCCCAGGGCUUUACCCUCGCCGGCCAUGUCGCCCACCUGAACCUGCGCGAGCGCUACUGGCCAUACAAGCACCUCAUAGCCACGGUGCUCACCGACAAGAACCCCAUGGUCAAGACUGUCAUCAACAAGCUGGACAACGUCGGCACCGAAAACGCAUUCCGGACCUUCCAGUACGAGGUUCUGCACGGUCCCGACGACAUGAACGUCGAGCUGCGCGAGCAGGGCUGCACCUUUAAAUUCGACUUUGCCAAGGUCUACUGGAACACGCGUCUGCACACCGAGCACGAGCGCCUCUGCAACAUGUUCAAAGAGGGCGAGGCCAUAUGCGACGUCAUGGCCGGCGUCGGCCCCUUUGCCGUGCCCUCUGGCAAGAAAAAGUGCUUUGUCUGGGCCAACGACCUCAACCCAGAGUCGUACAACUCGCUCGUCGGCAACAUCAAAACCAACAAGGUCGGAGACUUUGUCCGCUCCUUCAACACCGACGGCGGCGCCUUUAUCCGCCAAGCCUCGGCCGACCUCCUCCAGACCCCAGAGUACACGGUCCCCAUCUACCCCAAGACCAAGUUCUCGCGCAGCAAUCCCCAGGAAAACAAGCAGCCCGCGCCCAUCAAGACGCUCGUCCAGCCCCGCAUCUUCUCACACUACGUCAUGAACCUGCCCGCCUCGGCCAUCACAUUCCUCCCCUCCUUCAUCGGUCUCUACGCCAACAUCCCCGGUCUCCCUGCCGACCAAAUCAAGAAGCUGCUUGCCCCCCACACUCAGCAGCAGCUCCCCAUGAUCCACGUGCACUGCUUCUCCACAAAGAGCGAUGACAAUGUAGUGGAAAUCAAAUCCAUCUGCGAAGAGAUCAGCAGACAGCUAGGCCAUGAAAUCACGCCCGAUAUGCCAGAUGUCCACGUCCACGAUGUAAGGGAUGUGGCGCCCAAGAAGAGAAUGUUUUGUGCUAGUUUUAGGCUGCCUGAGGAGGUUGCCUUUCGGCAGGUUGAAGCGUAG